UUUAAGCAAAGAAGAAGAAAGUAUUUUAUUUAAGUGCGUGUGAAUGUUCAUAUUCGUUUGGACGGAUGGUUGGUUGGCUAAAGAAUUAAAAAAAUAUAACAAAAAAUCAAAAUAAAAAAGAGCAGCAAUGUUUAAAAAAGAGAGCAGAAUUUAAUGAACGAAUUCAAGACCGCAUUUGUUGUUGUCGUGCAAUUGUUUUGGAGCCCGUUUGGUUGGUGGAGGAAUUGAAGUGAUGAUUUAGAAGAGGAGGUGGCGGUGGUGAAGAACAUCAGCAUUUUUUUUAGGAACAAACAACAUUUGCAACGCAACAGUAGUUGAACGUAGCAGAAACAGAGAAGUUGACGACUGACAACAAAGCAGAAUAGCUUCCGGUGGGUCUGGAAAUACAUCAUCAUCAAACAAACAAACACUCUUUCAAAGUAUCUGUAUAUAAAAGAUACUAAAAUAACAACAACAACCACAUUCAGCCUAUAGCAUCCAUUCAUAAUUAUAAUUAUUGCCGUUCUGCUAGUGUGGAGGUACUUUUUGCUGCAGUGGAACUAGCAAUAAAAACAACAAAAGCGAUAAUGGAUUGUCCCCAAAUCGAUUUGUAUGAAUUUCUAACGGAGGCCGAACUGCAACAUUAUUACAAUGCCGUCAAAGAUGAACUUAAGAUUACUAGUGCUUCACAAUUCAAAUAUGCCACCGAUGAAGAUCUCAAAAGUAUUGGUAUGUCAAGACCGGAAAUACGGCGUUUACGUAAAUUCUAUGAAAAAUAUUUCCCUCAUGGUUAUUUGAGUAAAAUAAAACGGCUGCUGCAUGCACCCACCUCAAUGGUGAAGAAAGAUGAAAUGACGGCAAGUGUGACUAGUACAACGGCUGCCAGUCCUUCGGGCAGUUUGAGUGGUGCGGCAACAGGUGCUGCCUCAAAGGCCAGCAGUUCGCCCAGUAAAGCACCAAAUAAUAAACACAUUAUACCGGCGGACGCUAUAAGUGUUAAUAAACAAUUGGGUACGGGGGAAUUUGGCAUAGUGCAGCAGGGUGUGUGGACUAAUGGUUCCGAAAGGAUACAAGUGGCCAUAAAAUGUCUUUGUCGUGAACGUAUGCAGUCAAAUCCCAUGGAAUUUUUAAAAGAAGCCGCCAUUAUGCAUUCCAUAGAACAUGAAAACAUAGUGCGUUUGUAUGGUGUGGUUUUGGCCACCGAUUCCUUAAUGUUGGUUACUGAAUUGGCACAUUUACGUUCAUUGCUGGAGUGUUUAAAAGAUCCCGGCCUAAGAGUAAGUUUUCUAACUGUGCCCACAUUAUGUGAAUUCGGUUUACAAAUUUGCAAUGGCAUGCGCUAUCUGGAAACUAAACGUUUAAUACACAGAGAUUUGGCAGCUCGUAAUAUUUUAGUCUUCAGCAAGAAUAAAGUAAAAAUCUCAGAUUUUGGCUUAUCAAGGGCUUUGGGGGUGGGCAAAGAUUAUUACAAGACCAAUUUUAAUGUUAAUCUAAAAUUGCCCAUAGCCUGGUGUGCUCCUGAAUGUAUUAAUUACUUACGUUUUACCAAUGCCUCGGAUGUCUGGGCUUUUGGAGUGUGUUUGUGGGAAAUGUUUUCAUAUGGCUUUCAACCUUGGGCCGCUUUAACUGGUUUACAAAUAUUGGAAGCCAUAGAUGCACCUAAUUAUCAGCGUCUAGAGCAACCCGAAUGUUGUCCUCGCGAGUACUAUACUCUGAUGAUGAAAUGCUGGCAAGAUGAUCCUACUAAACGACCAAGAUUUUCGGAGAUUUAUGAACUGUUGCCGGACAUGAAACCCGAACAACUUAAGGCAGUGGCCAAUUGCUUGGAAGCGAAAACAAAAGAACAUUUGGUUUAUCGUCAGAAUGAUAUACUCACGGUAUUGGAUCGCAACACGGGAACACCCUAUUGGAAGGGAGUGUUGAAUACAGGCAAGACGGGCUUCUUUAAUCCCUCAAAUACAGUAGCUUAUGUCGAAGGUCUUCCAACUUUAAAUAGAGAUUCCUUUAGUCGUAAUGCAAACGAACGUUGUAGCAAACGUAAAUUAAGAACUGAAAUGAUAUCGAAACCUCAAAAUGAUUUUAAACAUACAGGCCAUGUUGGCAUAGACGGAGCUUCCUUUGGUGAUAUUGCAUUUCUGGGUACAACACAAAAUUAUAAUCAUGUGCCACGUCAAAUCGUUACACCCUACAAACCCUCAGAAGAUAUUGAGCAAACACCUUUACUUUUACCACCCACCCCAACUAGUCCGGAUUCGUUACAAACCGCCUCUGGCUAUUUUGCGGACGAUUCAGCCCAUCAUAAUUCAACAAUGAAUCCCUCCUUUGUACCAUCGACUGAAAAUACACCAAAACAUUUUGCCAAUAAUGGCCAAACAGCCAAUACAUUCGAAUUUCCCACUCACAAUACAAAUCCAUUUACGCACAAAACGCUGGAUGACACAACAAUGGCCCUACAGAACAACAACUAUGGCAUUGAUAGGGGUAAAGAUAAUUUGCUGUGGCGUCAUUCGGCCAUAACAAAUGGUAGCGGCGUUACCGGAGGCUGUGUUACAUUUGAAGAGCCUCAUGAAUAUCAUGAAAUAUCUGAUGAUGAUGAAAUGACACCCGAUAAAUUAGAUUUUGGACCAUCUCUGUUAGAUGAAAUCAAUUCAAUGUUUGGCUCCAUGUCAGCUACCGCCUCUUCGUCAAAAAACUCUGAAUCCGAGUCGCAUAAUGCAACCACCAAACGUUCAGAUUUUUCUGAUUUAACUUCGAAAUUAAUACGUAAGAAUAGUGCGGGCGGUAAUACUUCCAAGAAGUCUAAAAAUUCUUGUGGCACUGUUAAACAAAUCUCGGUGAAAGACGAAAAGAUACUCAAUCAUGCCAUAGAAAUAGCCAAUGAAAUAAGUGCUAGAUCAAUGUGUGAUUUGGUGUCCGAGCCCACACCUUCGACACAAAGUCCCAAACGUAAGUUUAGUUUUCGUUUUCCUCAUUUAAGUGGUCAUGGCAGCAGCGAUAAAUCCCAUGGCAGUGGCUUGUCCACUGCGGCAGGCACUGGCGGCUCGACUACACAUAUGAAUUCAUUGUCACCACAUUCGAAAAAGAAGAAUUUUACGGAGGAACUUCAAAGCAUACCAGAUUUACAGGCCAUAAUCAGAGAAGAGGGUCGUGAAGCUUACAAUAGCUUAAUCGAGCGUAAACACACUAUGGACAUCGACACCACCGUAUGUCUGUUGAGAAAACAGGAGACACAGUUUCCUCUAAAGUCUGCCAAGACAUUGCCAAGACGUUCGUGUCAUUUGAAAAAUGAUAGUGAUGAGUUUAUUUCCACUAUACCCUUAAGGUCAGCUGGCAACGAUCAUGAUUUGAUAAUACCGCCUUUACAAAAUGCACCACGACCUACAACGCUACCCACACGAGGUGCAGCUAAUCGUUUGCGUAAAGCCGAAUUAGGCAUUUUGAAAGAUGGCAAUCAUAUUGAGAUGAAUAGCAAUCCGGCUUUAAAUAAUCGUGUGGCAGACAAUGUAUCACCCUGUGAAAGUCCUAGCUAUGUUACCAGUACUUCCUAUAAAUUCCCAGAAAAAUUCUCAAACACAGCAACACAGGAAGGGGAUCAGAAUUCGCUGCCGGUAUUGCCACCUAAAGAGGGUAAAAAACAUAUAUUGGCCAAUCCCAAAAGACAUGUACGCAAGUAUCCCUUGAUCAUACCAGCAAAUGGUGUACAAAGGACCCUUAAUAGAGUCAUGGGAGAGGAGGAGAAAUCAACAUUGUUGAAAACGAAUUCAUCAACAAAUACAAAUCAACGCAACUUGUCCACAGUCAAACCUUUCAAUAUCAAUAAUAAUAACAACAACAACAGUAUGGCAGAAUAUGAGAACACUACUAAACUUCAAAGUGACACUUCCAAGGAAGACCGCACCUAUCAAAAUAUUGGUUCUGAUGAUACGGCCUCUUUACAAUUCGAAUCUAUUUUGGAGGCAGACUCCAAUAAAGAUCAAAUUCUACAAUCUCCCGAUGUAACCGAUGGCUUUUAUAAUUUCUCCAUACAAAAAGAUCAUUAUCACAAGAGUAAGGAAGUGGAGUAUGAUGCCCAAAAACUGGCCAGUGGUUUGUAUGUGAACGAAGAUGAGCUCAGGAAUUUGGAUAUUGACAAAAGCAUGGCCAAACUAAAUAAACAAAAUGUUGAUAAUAAAAAAUCCAAUGAGAGUUUGGAGGCCAAAGCUACCCCCUUAGCAGAAGAAAAAUUUAAAGAUUUAUCCAAACCCAUAGAAAUUACAGAAGAAAGUUUUGAUCAAAUACCGCCAUCUGUAACAGCAGCGUCUGCGGAGUUUUUAUUGAAAACAACAACAGCAACAACGAAACCCUCAAAGGCCGACAAUGAGCUUGCUGGCAAUGCUCUCUUCAAGAAAGUUCGCGAAUCUGUAGAACAAGCCAUGACAAAAUCAACUGACGGCAGUGAGGCAUCUCUAAAGCUGAAACCCCUAACCGAAGCAGAAUUGUUUUCGGCCGCUGUUAAUCGUCUAAACGAUUGCAAUUCGGUUAGCUGUGAGGAUUUACUAGAGUUUUCGGACAAAAAGCCGAAAGGCCAUGAGAGAGGAGUGGACUCGGAUGAAGUUCGCAUAAUGAUGAAGGUUUUAGGAAAGGAUAGCUUUCCUGAGCGCUGUUUAAAAUCGCUUGAAUUCAUAGACUGGGAUGUUCAUAAAGCCAUUAAAAUUAUUAAACUACAAAACAUACUAAACGACAUGGACUUGGGUUUACCCGAGACUGUGGAAUAUUUAUUAAAAUACGACUGGGAUCUACACACAACCGCCAGACGUCUCAAAAGUUUAAAGACUUGAAUACAUACAUAUUGAUUGAUAUCAGACUUUGUUUUCCAUUUAUUUAUCCAUAUGGUAAACCACCAUUUCAUUAAUUUAAUUUAUACAUUUUAUAUUAACUAUAAUCAAACUUAAGAUAUUUUUUUUCCAAGGAAAUUAAAAUCUAAUUAACGCAUGCAUUUCUAUGUUUGUUUUCUCUUCUGUAGCUUUAAGUAAUCUCAAAGAAGAAAAUUACUAUUAACAUUUUUGUACUUAUGAUCAAAUUACUUUUAACGUCAUUAUUUAAUUACGUUUUCGGGGCGUAUUUUAUCUUUUUUUUUGUAUUCAUUAUUAUUUUUUAACAUUUAUACAUUAUUUUUACAUUCAUUAAGUGAAUAAGUAAGUGCCUUUGUAACCAUGAUGAUCUUAUAAAGAAUAAAAACCGAAAUAAUUAUUAAAACCACAUAUUAAAACAAAAUAAUCAAAGAA